CUUGUUGUUGACACCGGCCAUACAGCGGAUCGUCACAGAACCGCUUCGCCCGCUGCUCUAUCCACGCAGACCGCCUCGUUUACAGUUCCUGCUCCCUUGGCUACGUUUCCCCACAUCUUAUUUUGCGGAGCGACUCACCCCGGGAGCUACUGCGCCACAGGGAACGUCCAGCAAACCCCGGCUCGGAUGCUUCGGGGAGCCGGUGUAGCAUGUCCAACCAAGAUUGCGUGACGUUCCGAGUUGUUUCAAGAGUGGACUAAAACUUUUUCGUUUGGGAAUGCGUGUUGUCGGCCUAUGAGGACUUCCUAGAGGGAAAAAGCGAAAUUGGAAUAUUGGGAAUUUCCAGGAGCAGUGGGACUCAUCUCCAGAUCUUGAGCUACUCUUGGUCCAGAUCAUCUUAGCGGGAGGAUUUGACCUAUGAAUCCACCCUCUCCAUCCAACAUCCCACUCACCAACUCCAAACGAACGCAAAAACACCCAGGGAAGCUCGCACGACUUACCUCCUCCACCCCCAGCUCUGAGCAGCAUGCCGGGCACGCUUUAGCCCCCUCUAAAAGCCUGGAUGAUCAAAGUCCGACGCACUCCUGAGCUCCAACCUCCGCCGCCGCAUCACCACCCCAGCCGCCCCGCCAUCCACGCACCGCCACCCCGACCAGAGAUGCCCAUGCCUGCCUCGCUGCAUCAGUCGCGGGGCUUGUGACUUGCAGACAUCCAGGCUCGCGGCGGCGGUGGUGGCGGUGGUGGUGGGCGGGGGCAAGACGCCGAUCGGAGGAGGCCGAACCAUGCGACCCUGGGCGGGAUCGUGGAGGUGGAUUACCCUGGUGCUGCUCGCCUGGGGGACCCUCCUCUUCUACAUAGGCGGGCACCUGGUGAGGGACAGCGAGCACCCGGAGAGGUCCAGUCGGGAGCUGUCCAAGAUCCUGGCCAAACUGGAGAGGCUCAAGCAGCAGAAUGAGGACCUGCGACGCAUGGCCGAAUCACUCAGGAUACCGGAGGGGCAGGCUGAGGCGGGCUCUGUGGCUGCCGGACGACUGCGCUCUCUGGAAGACCAGCUGACCCGAGCCAAACAGAAAAUCCACAACUUUCAGAAACUCACAGGAGACGGCCCGGGCCCCACUCAGGAGGAGCUGCGGAGGCGUGUGGAGAACGGAGUCAAAGAGUUCUGGUACUUCGUCCGCAGCGAAGUGAAGAAACUGGCUAAUACCGAGGAGAGUGAGAGGCCUAAGUACGCAGAGGUGCUACUACAGGACCUGGGCCAGCAGGAGAGAUCCAUCAUGACAGACUUGUACUACCUCAGCCAGGCCGAUGGAGUGGGCGAGUGGAGAGCCAAGGAGGCCAAAGAUCUGUCCGACUUGGUCCAGAACAGAAUCACCUACCUACAGAACCCUCCCGACUGCAGCAAGGCCCGUAAGCUGGUGUGUAACAUCAACAAGGGCUGUGGGUACGGCUGCCAGCUGCACCACGUGGUCUACUGCUUCAUGAUCGCCUACGGCACCCAGCGCACCCUCAUCCUGGAGUCCCACAACUGGAGGUACGCGCCCGGCGGCUGGGAGACCGUGUUCCUGCCCGUGAGCAACACCUGCACCGACCGCUCCGGAGCCUCCACUGGACACUGGUCUGGAGAAGCUCAUGACAAGGACGUCCAGGUGGUAGAGCUGCCCAUCGUGGACAGUCUCCACCCGCGCCCUCCCUACCUGCCCCUGGCCAUCCCCGAGGACCUGGCCCCUCGGCUCCAGAGGCUCCACGGCGACCCCUCCGUCUGGUGGGUCUCGCAGUUCGUCAAGUACCUGGUCCGACCCCAAGCCUGGCUCGAGAAGGAGAUCCAGCAGACCACGGCCAAACUGGGCUUCAAGCAUCCCGUCAUCGGCGUGCACGUGCGGAGGACGGACAAGGUCGGCACGGAGGCGGCGUUCCAUCCCAUCGAGGAGUACAUGGUCCACGUGGAGGAGCAGUUCCAGCAUUUGGCUCGGCGCGGACACGUGGACAAGAAACGGGUUUACCUAGCAACAGAUGACCCGUCUCUGCUACAGGAGGCCAAGACCAAGUAUCCAGACUACGAGUUCAUCAGCGAUAACUCCAUCUCGUGGUCGGCCGGACUGCACAACCGCUACACCGAGAACUCCCUGCGCGGCGUCAUCCUGGACAUCCACUUCCUGUCCCAGACCGACUUCCUGGUCUGCACCUUCUCCUCACAGGUUUGUCGAGUGGCUUACGAAAUCAUGCAGACCCUCCACCCGGACGCCUCCUCCUUCUUCUACUCCUUGGACGACAUUUACUACUUCGGGGGUCAGAACGCCCACAACCAGAUCGCCGUGUACCCGCACCAGGCCCGCAACAACGAGGACAUACCCCUGGAACCCGGAGACGUCAUCGGAGUCGCCGGCAACCACUGGGACGGCUACUCGAAAGGCAUCAACCGCAAGCUGGGACGUACCGGUCUUUACCCCUCCUACAAGGUGAAGGAGAAGAUCGAGACGGUGAAAUACCCCACCUACCCCGAAGCGGACAAACUGCUCAAUUCCCAAAAUAAUUAACAAAAAAUAUUCCAAGCAAGUGAAGGAUUAAUAUUUAAAUUGAAGGAGCUUUUUUUGUACAGACUUUACCUAAGCUGAAAAAUCCAGGGGUGACCAAUGACAGAAAAUGCAUUGUGUUUUUAUGUAUGACGCAAUUGUGUUAAUGCCUACGUUAGGUCAUGGAAGACUUGCACCUAAAUCUACUAUUAAUACAACCUCCCCUCACCUACCAAUGGCCUACAAAAACACUAGAGACGUAGAGGCAUUUUAAAUACAAAGACGACUGACCUAGUUCGCAAAGAGUUGUGGGGCAAUGGGACACCCCUGCCUUGUACCUGCAAGCAUUGACUGAACAAAAAACUGGAAGAAAAAAGUGUUGAGAUUUUUAUUUAAAUUCUUUUCAAGUGAUUUUAACCUUUGCCUUUUGCUCCGUUCCUGCUGUUUUAUUUUUUUUUGUUUUUUGUUUCUUAUUUGAUUGAAUGUACUGUAAUUUCUCUAUUGCCAUGCUCACCGAGGCCCUUUUUGACCCCCUUUCCUACUCACUGUACACUGCCCCUCCCCCGCUCCUCAUCUCUACAUGUGCAAUUAAUUUUAUGGAAACCAUAUUGUGCUUUUUUAAGUGUUUUUAAAUGGUCUUAAUGAAUUCAUUUCGGUGCGACUGUGGCUUGUGCAUUGUGUACUGUACAUUGGAUGCGUGAGAGACUCCGGAAAGAAAAGCGCGGAUGAACAAAGCUUUUAAAACGUCAAUGGGGCCAUGUCACGAUGGUGCCUAUUAUUGAUUAAAAAAAAAAAGUGUGUUUUUAUAUUAUUUUUGCCUCUAUUUCAACUUCACUCCAGACUGAAUAAUGUUAAGUGGCACUGAAUUGAAAUGCCAGUCACUCCAAUGAAAAAAGAACAAUGAUGCGAUUAUGGCUAACUCCCAAAUGCACGUGGCUCACCAAUUUCAAAGCACUCCACUUACAAAAAACAUCCCUCAAAACCCCUUCACUGUCUGUCAAAAUGUUGUCUUUUACCUUUUUUACUUUUGCUGGUUUAAAUUUAAGAGAAAAUAAUGUUACAACACCAUUUCAAAUCCUCCCAAAAUCAUGAAGGCUUUUUUUAUGUUCACGGGCAUUGUCUUUGAUAAUCACCAAUCAAAAUAAACUUGAGAAACCAACACAG